CGCCAUUUCCAGAAUGGUCGCUUUACUGGGUAGCCCCGCCCAUUCUGCCUGCGAUCUGAGUUCGCCCUGCAGAAGAGUCUGGAGAACAGCAAUACAUUUCCUUCUAGUUUCGAUAGAAUCACCAAGCUGGCUUUUCCCCCUGGCACGCUAUUGGCUAGUUUAACACAAUGACGACAGGGAAGCGACGGCAAGCACAUUGUGUAAAGAGUAAUUGUAACCAGGCCAUUGAUCACGCCUCAUCUGUAUCAACCUCACUCUGACCGUCACUACGGUCUAAAAAGGAAGGAGUAGGCCUACAUCGUUCUGCCUAUCACCGAGACCAUAGGUCAAAAUCGUCAUGCCCAUGACCUCCGGAAGCACAACGUCCCGCGCUUGUAAAUAGCAUGGAUUGCCGGUUCGUCCCCUUUACAUUGAUUGCCUCACCGGACCAGGCAAGACGUUGAUCUAUUUUUCAGAGCUAACACACAGCCACAAGAUCGUAACCCACGGGUAUAGGCGCCUUUGGGUCCCUGUGGAUCUCUCUCACGUUAACGUGUAGAUCACUUAACGUUGGACUGUAAAUUGUCUUUUUCGUUUGUUUGGUAGAGCACUAGCGCACCCUAGCCGGCUGUCGGCAGCUGUGCGGUUUGUGUGAGCCCGCUAGGUUGCGUCCGCGCACUGGUGCGGGCCAGCGCUGCGCUUUUCAGUUGCUGUUUGUGACCAGACACAAGGCGAGCCUUCGCGACGCGUUCGUGCGUGCCUGCAGACCACCUUUGCACUACGGGCAGAUUGUUUGUUGCCGGUAGUAUAUUGUUUGAGUUAAAAACUCCCAGAGUGAAGUCUCCCUUAUUUAAAUCUUUGCACUACUCCACCGCUGUUGCAGCUGGUGAGUUAAGCCAGCUGGUGCAUCUGUGCACUGGCGUGAGCCACUAUAAUUUGUAUUGUUGUAGGCACAAUAUCGUGUCAUAUACUUUUGAUUUGUGGUUAGCUUGUCUACUGGCAUUUAUAGGUAAGUAGCCAGGAAGAGUGGAGAUUAUUGUUUAAAAAAUAGAAUUAUUUAUAAUUUUGGUGUACUGAAUUAGUGUAUGCUUACUGAAUUAGCAAUAAGUGUGCAUUGUCAUUAUUCAGCCAAUUACUGUCUUCACCUGGGUAGUCAGUGUAGUUAAACAAACAGCACCCUAAAGCCGCUGUUCGCAGCCGCUGGGGGGAGUGUGAGCCGGGUCAGGCGCGUCCGCGCGCCCUUGCCGGCCACCAAGGUGUACUCCUGACUUUGCGUCGGUAGAAAUGCUUAAUCCAACAGCGCCCUAUAGCCGCUGUCCGCAGUCGCUGGGGUAAGUGUGAGCCAGGUCAGGUGUGUUCGCGCGCCCGUGCUGGCUACCAGAGCGUACUGGUUAUUCGGUGUUGGGGGAAGUGCAACUUGCCAGAAUGGCCCCACACCACUGCAGAAUCUGCAGCGCGGCGAUGAGCGCUGACGAUGAGCACAGAGAGUGCCCUGAUUGCCUGGGGGCCGUCCAGGUGCUGGAGGACGUAGACAACCCCUGCAGUGCAGCUGUUGACCUGUCCAGGGAGGAGCGACUUCGCCAUGCCAACCAGGUGCGCGGUCACGUGCAGGAGGGCAGGGCGGAGAGGCGACGCUCACCCCGUCUGUCACCCUGAUCCCGUAAGCGUGGGCAUAAGCACACACGCAUUCAGAAGAUCGGCAGUAUGAGUCUUCCCCCGCCCCCGCCCCGGCUGAGGCAGCAGGGGGCGGUAGUGCAGAGUCACGUCAUAUCCUCGCAGUCCUCCAAGCAAUAACAGAGAGGCUAGGCAGGCUGGAAGAGCGGAGAGGUCUGCCAUCCCUACCAUCAGGGCAGGAGGGUUUACCCUUAGGGGGCCUGACAGCCAGGAUGAGCGAGAGGACGAGGCCGAUGAUGUGUUAUCUCUCCUGGCAUCACAGGCCACGGAGGACACAACAGGUGGAGCUGGCCGCGGUGGUGAACCACGUACGGACUCUAGAGGGGAGUCCACAGGGGUGGGGGAGAUGCCUGUUAGCUCUCUGAUGUCCAGGGUGCUGAGCGCCGCUAACUACCUGGGCUUCCAGCCCCCCACACUGGACCCAGUCCCUCAGGGGGGUGUUUUGGAGGGCGUCUCGCACAUUAGCCCCCCACUUUCUAUUCCUGUGGCAGAGGAUGCUCAUGUCCAGUUGGGGCAGGGCCUCGAAGCGGCCCCAGCUGCUCAAUCUCCCUGUGGCGCCUGGGCAUGUUUUUCAUCCGGAGUCCCAGGCGGUGUUUGACCGCACUGAAUGUGCUGCAGCGUCUAGGGAAGCGGUCCAGCGCGUAUGUAUUAGAACAGUGCUAGCCGCUAACCAAACACCAAGGGGUAAGCCCAGGCUACAGCGGCCCAGCCGGCCUUCACGGAUAGCUGGUAAUUUUCGGGACCAGCCUGUUCAGGCGGAAUACCGAGGCCCAGCCCGAGAUCAUUAUUCCAGAGGGAGACGGGGACAGAGACCGAGUAGGGGCAAGUACGCAGGCCGCCGCGGCGGGGCUGCCCAGCGGUCAGGGGCUGCCCGUCGGAUUCCCCUUCCCAGUUAUCUCGGAUCCCCUCAGUAGCCAGUAGCCCGUGGGUACCGGCUACAAAUUCAACGUACCGGCUACAAAUUCAAAGUAACGCCUGUAAUAGACCCAAUUUUAAAGUCAGUGCUCGACAAGGAGGUCCAGGAGCUACUUUUAAAAGGUGCCAUAGCAGAGGUACCACUCAGCGCACAGCAAGUUGGGUCUUAUUCCAAAUAUUUUAUUGUGCCCAAAAAGGACGGCGGUCAGCGUCCUGUUCUCGAUCUAAGGCCCCUGAAUCAGUACCACAAGGUGUUGCCAUUCAAAAGGGUCCACACCCCAGUGGUGAUAAGGUCAAUUCAGGGGGGGGAGUGGUUUACGUCUCUGGCCAAGUGGUCUCCGCCGCACUAAUCCAACUACAGACACGUGGGUUGAAAAUACUCCCGUACCUGGACGACUUGCGCCCCCUUUCGAGAGCAGGUAGUGCGCGACACCAAUACGUUGCUGGCCCACAUCCAGUUCUUAGGCUUCACAGUCAACUAGAAGAAGAGCAAUGUGCAGCCCCGUCAACAGGCAGUGUUCCUGGGGAUUCUCUUCGAUUCAGCCAGUAUGAAAGCGUCUCUCACUGGUCGGAGAGCGGACAGCUUGAUCGAGACCCUGAGGCAUUUUCGGCUGGGCAAGCUGGUUACAGCCAACAGAGCCCAGAGACUGCUGGGCUUGAUGGCUGCAGCAGCUGUAGUAGCUCCACUUGGUCUGCUGAGGUCUCGGCCCUUCCAGUGCUGGUUCAAUGCUUUUCAACUCCACCAAAGAGACGACAGGCAGGUCAAGCUGCAUGUUUCUCGAGCUUGCAUUCGGGCCCUGGGGGUCUUUCACACAGGAGGCAGGUCAUCUCGACAGAUGCAUCCCUAACAGGGUGGGGAUGCAUCUGGAAGGACGUUCGGUAAGGGGCAUUUGGCAACCUCCGUGGACGUCAGAGCAUAUAAAUGUCCUCAAACUGAAGGCCAUUCACCUCGCCCUUCAGCGAAUCCUGCCAGCGAUACAGCACAACGUUCUGGUGAGAUCGGACAAAACCUCAGCGGUGUAUCAUGUCAAUCACCAGGGGGGGACAAAGUCUCAGAGAUGCCUCCAGGUGGCGGAGGAACUACUGACGUGGGCAUGGCCUCGACUUGCCUCAGUAAGGGCUGUGCACAUUCCGGGCGUAGCAAACAGUGCGGCCGACAUGCUCUCCAGGACGGGACCACUCCCGGGAGAGUGGAGACUGCACAAAGACGUUGUCAAACAGAUCUGGAUUCGCUACGAGGUUGCGCAAGUGGAUCUGUUUGCGUCAGCGGAAACAACCCACUGCCCAGAGUGGUAUUCUCUCAGGGGGCAGUUUGGGCCCGGAUGCUCUAUCACAAGAGUGGCCGACAGGCUUGUUGUACGCUUUUCUUCCGAUCCCCCUCAUCUCUCAGGUUCUGCAGAGGAUCAGGGAGGGCCAACACACAGUCCUGCUGGUUGCUCCACGUUGGCCAGCGAGAACCUGGUUUUCAGAUCUGCUCCAGCUACUGCAGGGUCAGCCAUGGCAGUUGCCGAGCAGGGCAGACCUGCUGGCACAAGCAGGUGGGCAGAUAUGGCAUCCGAACCCGGUCGCCCUGCGCCUUUGGGUUUGGCCAGUACAGAGCCCGUCACUGAGCGUUUAGAUGCGUAUGUUCGGGAGACAAUCAACAACGCUAGGGCUCCAUCUACUAGAGCCAGCUAUGCGCUCAGUCCUUGGUGGGCCAGUUCUUGAAGGGAGCAUGCUGUUUGCGUCCAGCCCGUACCCUACUCGAUUACGAUUUUUUAAUCGCGAUAAAACUCACGUCGAUUACGACGAUAAGCAUCAGACAUAAAUGCUCGAUAUAAAAAAAAAAAGCACACUGUGCGGUUUGUGUGAGCCCGCUAGGUUGCGUUCGCGCACUGGUGCGGGCCAGCGCUGCGCUUUUCAGUUGCUGUUUGUGACCAGACACAAGUACACGCCCAUUUCCUGGUGCGUGUUUGAGCUUCCGUUCCAGCACCGCGGUAAGGAAAGACGAGAGGAGAGGAGCGUUUUGCGACAGAAUAAAAACAACGGAGGGUGAAGUAGUCGAUAAAAAAGGUUACAAGACGUCCAUUUUAUGGAAGUGGUUUGGCUAUCUCAAAACUGAUGAAGCACAGGAUAAGACCGUCUGUAAAUUAUGCCGUCGGUCAGUGCCAGCACACUUGGGAAACACAACUGAAUACAUACCAUCCCAGCGACUACACAGAGAGUAUGAAAAUGCGCGCAACAACAAGUUUUGCCCGCCAUCCUACCGCAGCUGUCAGCAGCUCGAGCGGGGCUGUUCCAAAACAGCAAUCUAUCGUGUCGUCAUUUGCGGCAGUUGUACCGUAUGAUGAACAGAAGAGGUUUUCUGAAGCCCUAAAUGUGAUUAAAUGUUCCCUGGCUUAUCACAAAUAUGAUAAUAAACAAGUGUAUGGUUUAACUAAUGAACACUCUGGUUUCUUCAGGCUUCAGCAGUAUCAAAUUAUAUAUCACACACACACACAGCCUAUCAACAACAAUGUAAAAAUAUGCAACAACCUCUUUUUUUUGUCUCGUCUGUCUGUCUUAUACAUGUCUGUGAACACUAACAUUGUCAUGUCCCUCACCUAAUGUUAUAUCUGUCACCUGUCAAAAAAAAUAAUAUAUAGUAUAUAUCGUGAUUAAUAUCGCUAUCGAUCAAUUACAAAAAAAUAAUGAUCAUAUUUUUUGCAAUAUCGCCCAGCCCUAGCUGGGACCUCCCGAUGGUUUCAGCAUCACUCACUGAAGCUCCGUACGAGCCCAUUGCGGAUGCCGAUCUACGCUCUUUGUCACUUAAAACAGCAUUCCUUUUAGGAAUCUGCUCAGCAAGACGGGUUGGGGAGCUGUGUGCCCUCUCUGUCAGUGACGAUUGCCACAGGUGGAGGGAAGGUGGCACCAGUGUGUCACUGUGGCCAAAUCUGGCUUUUAUGCCAAAGGUUGUUAAUAGGCAGUCCAUCAAUCAGGUUUUGGAGGUGGAUGCGUUCCAGCCCGCCUCUGCCUCACAGGCAAAGCAGGAGAAGUUGCUCACUUUGUGCCCAGUGAGGGCCUUGAGAGCUUACCUGACCCAUACAUAGACACUAAGGGGAGCACACUCCAAACUUUUCAUCUGCUAUGGGGGGCAAAGAGCGGCUUACCUCUUUCGAAAAAGAGGCUGUCCCAUUGGUUGGUAGACGUUAUUUCCCAUGCCUACAGAGCAAGCGGGAUGCAAGUCCCGCCUGGUAUAAGGGCUCAUUCAACCAGAAGUAUGGCAACGUCCUGGGCUGCCCUCAGGGGAGUGCCAGCUGACGACAUCUGUGCAGCGGCCUCAUGGUCUACGCCAUGCAUGCAGGUUUUAUAGGGUGGAUGUAACUCGCCCGGCUUCGGCCCUCAUGUCCAUGACUGAGCGAGGUUUUAACAAUUAAUUUUUAACAAUUUUAACAAGACAGAUAAGAUAAGACUGCGUCUUAUCUUAUAUCUCAUCUGCGUCUAAGACAGAUGAGAUAUUUAGAUGCAAAAAAGCACACAAUACUGUUGACAAUUAAUGAUCAUAUAUAUUUGUAAUAAAAGUACGAACAAAGAUACAUCACAACAUGCAUCAACAAACAACACAACAGGCAAACAUUACAAUAAUCUCAGGCCUCAGAUGGGAGCUUCUCUUUGCGUGUUACUUCAUACUCAAGGUACGCUGGGGAGAAGUCCACUGAGAAGCUAAAGUCAGGAGCUUUUAUACACUUAGAUCGGAUCCUUGAGGGCAGUUGGCCUCCAAUAAACCAAAAGCAUUUGUUAACCAGAUGUUAAUCUAUUGAUUGAAGUUUCUUCAGAGGUUAAGAAGGUGGUUGAGGCUGUUCCUUAUCACCCUUUGCUUCCCUACGCUCCCCAGGGGGUCAAGUAAAACAGGCCCAAACCAAACUACAUACAACACGGAAACGGAAUGUGAAACCAGAUUACAUCACAUGAAACAGUAGCCGCGUUUACAUGGCACAUCUGAUCCGCAUAGAUUUAUAUGCGGCAUAGAUCUGUCCCUAAAAUGUGUUCCGAAUGUACUGUAUACAUGGCAGUAACAAAAGUGUCCGUUCUGUCUCUCGCGCACACCUGACACAUCUCUGGACCGGCGGCGACAUAAUGGAUGUCUUAUCACUAUCGGGGAUUUUUAAUUUGAUUUUAAUGGAAGCACAGCAGGAGAGAGCUUUUCUCUGCCUGCUCCUUCAAUUAAGAAGGAGGACGACAGCGCAGCAACGUCAAUUUCUCGUCAGAUCUUUAUAUUUACCCUAUGCCCCGCCGCAAUAAAGAGGAAUUUGGAUGCGAGUCCGCAGCCAAGACUGGUGGGAGAGAGUGGUCUUACGGGAAUUUAGUGACCAGGAAUCCUCGAAGGUGAACUACUGCAGCUGCCAUCUCUCUAAGUUAAGAAGUAUUUUAACGUUCAGCCUGCAAAAGUACUAGUAGUAGCCUACUCAUUUACAGUUAUCUCGGACGAGCGCGGACACUACGAUACGCAAACACGUCAUUAAUAAACACCCAUGUGUCCCGUCGCUAAGCAACCGGACACGCUUACCGGACUACUUUUAUGGAGUGAUAACAAAGACGUGAAUCAGGCAAUAAAUCCACUUUCCUUGACAGCGGUGAAGUUCGGUGUGCUUAAAAGUACCGACGGAGCUCAGUGGACCAAUUGCGAACUACUGCGGCUGCACUAAGUUAAACCCCAAUCUAUGCGGAAUAAGUGUAUACAUGGCGAUUUAAAACGGACUACACCACCUCUUCUAUUCGGCAUAGAAUCUAUGCCGAACAGAUAAUUGUAUUCCGAAUGAGGCGUAUACAUGACCAUUUUCUAUGCCGCAUAGAAAUCUAUGCGGCAUAGAUGUGUCCAUGUAAACGCGGCUACUAAGAAUUACAUUUUAGAAGACCCUGCAGAAUAGCAAGAUUCCAAGAAUGGAAUGUGAAACCAGAUUACAUCACACGAAACACUAAGAUUUACAUUUUAGAAGAACCUGAACGUAACAUGUAGAUUUUCCAUCACAAUCCCUGCGUGUCAUCUCAUUAGCAUCUGUACUUUGGCCACGGCACACCUCUCCUAA